CAACGGACGAGAUGCUGCGCCCGAGCGCGGCCGACGUCCAAGAAGCCGCUUUGGCCUUCGCGAUGCAGCGCUCAGCGAUGGAGACGUACGAGAUGGCGGCGGACAAGCGUCCCAAGGCAACGAAGGCUGCCUACAGCGCGAAGGCCCAGGAGUACGUCGACUGGUUCAAGGCCAAACCCGGAAAUGCCAACAAGCUCCCGCUCGUUGACGCGCAAACGCUCCACUACUUCAUCAAGGAUAAAGUCAUUGGACGCACGGCGCGCCCGAAGACGAAGAAGGACACUGGCGCAGGGUCGACGAAGGAGUCCACCAAGGUCAUCGGCUACGCCACCGUCAAGCAGUACGUCAACGCCAUAGUCGACCUCUAUCAAGAGCAAGUGCGCCAACGUGCCAACACCAAUCCCCACCCGCGCAACAAUCUCGUCAAGACAUUGCUGAAGCAAGUAUCGCUCGCCGAAGACGAGCGCAAGCGCGCCAACUACGAAGACCGCGGCGCCGGUACGCUCAUAGAUGGCUAUACGACGCAAGAGCAGUUAAGCCAAAUCGCGAAGCACUAUUGGACUCCGGCAUCUUUCUUCGGCGUUCGGCUCCGCGAUUGGCUUGCGUUCGCUCUUUCGCACUACUACUUGCUGCGCGGCGAGACGGCACGCAUGCUCGAGCUCGCGGACUUACAGUCGGUGCAAUUGGAGAACGAAGGUACUAGCAAGUGCGUUGCAGUCAUCGCCGUUCAGCGCCAAGGCAAGACAAACCAGCAUGGCCGCGUGGAGUUGGCCGUAUGUUUGCGCGCCAAGGAUGUGUCUGUGUGCCCGCAGGCUGCGAUGGCGUGCUACCUUUUCUGGCGCUGGCACGUCGAAGGCGAGCCCUUCCCCGUGAUGACCACGAGUGCCGACUGGUACGGGUACAAGCUGCUCAAGAGCGGCAAGAACCCGAAAAAGAGAUGA